AUGGAGGCAGAACUGCAGGCUAAGAUUGCUGGCCUAGACCAUGUCAUUUCCGAAUACUCUGUGGGCUACUUGACGCAUGCUUCCAACCUCUAUGUGGAGGAUACCAACUCCCCAUCGCCCCUUGUGGAAGCCGCAGAAACAGUUACGGAAUUGUUGGUCUCUGCCUCGGGAGACUUCUCCACCCAGAACCGCGAUGCAAUUGUCAAUUUGGUGGAAAAAUUCAUUACAUCAUUGAGCGCCUCCAAUGGCGAUUCGGAGCGCCGGCAGAUGCCCUUCGCGGCCAAGAGGCUCGACCAGACUAUCAAUGUUGGCGCGCAGCGGAACAUGUCCUCAACCCUAGGAUUGACUGGCAACAAUGUGGACUUGGAGUCCGCCAAUGCCCGGAAAGUGGAGUCUCGCGUGGAUAAGAAGAAGCUGGAGAAGGCCGAGCGCAAGAUCAGAGCCAAGCAGGAGAAGAAACAAAUGAAGACGGUUACCUACGAGGCUUCUCGCCUGAUCAACCAGCCAGAUGAAACCAUGUCAUAUGAGGAAUUCUUUAUGGCUGUCAAUCCGCUGCAGCUGGGCUCGGACUCUCAGUCUAAGAGCAAGGACAUCAAGCUGGAAAAUCUUGAUAUCUCUAUUAGCGGUCUGCGUAUUCUGACGGACGCUAAUUUGACCCUUGCCUUCGGUCGGCGAUAUGGUCUGGUUGGUCAGAACGGUAUCGGAAAGUCUACCUUGUUGCGCGCUUUGAGUCGCAGAGAAGUUGCAGUUCCCAGCCAUAUCUCAAUUCUUCACGUCGAGCAAGAGAUCACGGGUGACGAUACACCCGCACUCCAGGCUGUGUUGGACGCAGACGUGUGGCGGAAACACCUCCUGGCUGAACAAGAGAAAAUCUCAAAACAACUAUCUGCCAUCGAGGAGGAGCGAUCUUCUCUGGCGGACACAUCCAAGGAUGCUGCUCGCUUAGACCAAGAACGGGAGGGCUUGGACAUCACCUUGAGCGAUAUUUAUUCCAAGCUCUCUGAGAUGGAAUCCGAUAAGGCAGAGUCUCGGGCGGCCAGUAUCUUGGCUGGUCUUGGUUUCUCCCAAGAAAGACAGCAGUUUGCCACUAAGACAUUCUCUGGAGGUUGGAGAAUGCGUCUUGCACUGGCCCGAGCCCUCUUCUGUGAACCGGAUCUGUUGCUUCUUGACGAACCUUCAAACAUGUUGGAUGUUCCAUCUAUCACCUUCUUGGCUAAUUACCUCCAGGGAUACCCUAGUACAGUGCUGGUCGUUUCUCACGACCGAGCGUUCCUCAACGAAGUCGCCACAGAUAUUGUUCACCAGCACUCGGAGAGACUGGAUUACUACAAGGGAGCUAACUUCGAAUCGUUCUACGCGACGAAGGAAGAGCGAAGAAAGACUGCCAAGCGUGAAUAUGAGAAGCAAAUGGCCGAGCGGGCACACUUGCAAGCUUUCAUUGACAAAUUCCGAUACAAUGCCGCCAAAUCAUCGGAAGCCCAGUCCAGAAUCAAGAAGCUUGAGCGCAUGCCAGCUCUUGAAGCGCCUGAGAGCGAAUACACUGUCCACUUCCAAUUCCCCGAGGUCGAAAAGCUUUCGCCACCUAUUGUACAAAUGACGGAUGUUUCGUUCGGCUACACCCCAGAAAGACCUCUUCUCAAGGAGGUCGAGCUCGAUGUUCAACUGGAUUCACGUAUUGGAAUUGUUGGACCCAACGGUGCUGGUAAGACUACAGUACUCAAAUUGCUCACCAAUCGACUCCAACCCACCAAGGGAUUGAUCUCUACACACUCGAGACUGCGCAUUGGGUUCUUCGCUCAACACCACGUUGAUGCUCUCGACAUGAACUCCAGUGCCGUGAGCUUCAUGGCCAAAGCCUACCCCGGCAAGUCCGACGAAGAGUAUCGAAGACACCUGGGCGCCUUCGGUAUCACUGGUAUGACUGGUCUGCAACGGAUGGAGCUUCUGUCUGGAGGUCAGAAGUCUCGUGUUGCCUUCGCCUGCUUGUCUCUGACUAACCCUCAUAUUCUGGUUCUUGACGAGCCUUCCAACCACUUGGAUAUCGAAGGUAUGGACGCGCUUUCUGAAGCGCUCCAGCGUUUCGAGGGUGGUGUGGUCAUGGUUUCCCACGACGUGACAAUGUUGCAGAAGGUUUGCAAGAGUCUUUGGGUCUGCGAUAAGGGAACCGUCACCAAGUUCGACGGUGAUGUGAAUGCAUAUAAGAAGAUGAUCACCGCACAGGCUGAUGAAGCCGGUGUUGUGGCUAAGCACUAA